AUGAAGGGAGUUCUAGCCCUGCUACUGCUGUCUCUGUGCUGCUGCCUGUCUGGGGGAGUGGGUGAUCAUGGGGACAGUGAGGGGUACCAGGGGACCGGGGCUAGUCUAGCCGGCUGUCUGCCCGACACCUGCACCCUGUUCAGGGAACUGGCAGCCAUGAAAGAGAGACUAGGAACCAUGGACCAGACACAGGCUGCCCUGAAGGAAAGUUUAGGGGCCAUGGGACAGAAACUAGGAGCUGUUGAGACCAAGCUACAGGCCAGUGAGAGUCAGGUGGAGGAGCUGAAGAAAGUGAAUACAGGUAAGUAGCACAGAGGUGUAACAAUCAAAGCGUUCUGUGAAGUGUUAUACAGCUUCAUGCACUUAUUCUUAUUUCAUUUAUUUGAACUUUGUCUUAUUGAUUACUAUUUGUUGAGCAUUUACUGCACUGUAAGAUUGAGGUUUUGUUAUUAAAUCUGUGCUGUUAUUUCAGCUCAAGAGGAAGAACUGAAAGCCUUGAAGAAGAGCUUAUCAGCUGGUAAGAGCAAGGUUCCACUCUUCCUCAAAGUGGCAUCUAUCUAUUUAUGUCCUUCUUGAUAUCUACUUGAUCGUUCGUUCAUUCAAUCAUUAACUCAUUAACUAAUGAAUUCAUUCAUUCAUUCCCCAGCCCAGCCAAAGGUGGCCUUCUCUGUAGCUCUCAGAGACUCUGGCGGUGGGAUCAUUGGACCCUUCAGCACCAAUACCCCUUUACAGUACAAAAGAGUCUUCUCCAACACCGGCAGCAGCUACAAUCCUGCUACAGGUAGUGUGUGUGUGUGUGUGUGUGUGUGUGUGUGUGUGUGUGUGCGUGCGUGCGUGCAUGCUCUCGUAUACGUGUUUGCGUUGUCAAUCAGGUAAAAUUAUUUAUCUUCCUUCAUAGGCAUCUUCACAGCCAUGGUCAGAGGGAUGUACUGCUUCCGCUACUCCAUGUACAGCAACAACUCUGGCCGUCCCAACUCUGUCGUGUCUCUGAUGAAGAACAGUGAGAAGCUGGUUACUACAUGGAACACUGAUGACAGUAUGAAUGUCCACGAAAGCGCUAGCAACGCAGCAGUAGUGCAGUUGGAGGUGGGAGACAGUGUUUACAUCCAGCUCUGGGCUAGCAGGGUUGUCUAUGAUGACAUAAAUAACUAUAACACCUUUACUGGGUUCCUACUGUUCACAGUGUAACAAGACCAGUUGAUUUAACUGAGCUUUUGUAAAGAUUAGAAUUGAUUGACAAUAUAUUAAUUUGGCCAUACAGUAUAGGUUUUUAAAACUGUAAAAACAUCAGAAGUGUAUAAAAAUGAAACUAAAUAAAAGUUAAUUGG